AUGCUCAUCGCGCAAAUCUUUUGUGCUACCGAGGUCAACCAAAACACAAUCGGCAGCACGAUCAGCUCUCCAGCGAACCUGUCUUACGAGGAACUGGUAUACAUCAUACAGGAAAGGCACGGUGUACCCCAAAGGCCGAGAAUACUAUCCCCCUGUGCGCGAGCUAUCCUUGGCUGCUGCAAACAAAACCAGAUAAAUGAAGAGUGUUCAGAGGCACUUGGUUGUGGUGCCUUUUUCUUUGACGAUAAUCCAUGUGAUGAUAGGUUCGUACUUGAUGCGUUGAAAGCUGCAAACACUUUCUAUAAUCAACUGAAGAGAAAAGCGUAA